AUGGGACUCUUUUAUCCAAAACCUUAUACUGAGUUAAGAGUUUAUUUUUAUAUUUUUUUUGCUAUGCAGCAAUAUCCGAUCCUUGGAAUUGAUUUGGGAACUUGCUAUUCUUGCGUGUAUGCUUAUCACAAAGGUAGUAUAGAACCUGUACCUAUUAAUGGAGCAAACACAAUAAGAUCCGCUAUAUAUGUUAGAGAUGGAGUGAUGCUAUUCGGAAGUUUGGCUAUGGCCCAUGCCCACAAUGAACCUGACAAUGUUUUUUAUGAUGUUAAGCGAUUUAUUGGAAGAACUUAUAACGAGAUUGGAGAUCUCGUCCAGAGAAAGAACUAUCAGUUUUCUAUUAUGCAGUGGGGUGAUGUACCAGUAUUCGUGGUUCCUUCGUCUCAAGAUAGAAACAGUUACUCGGUCUGUACUCCUGAAGUCCUUGAUAGCUAUUUUUUGAAAUAUCUCGUUGAUGAAGCCCAGAAUUAUUUGGGGUAUCAAAUCACAGAUGUUGUUAUCACAGUACCCGCUUUUUUCCAGCAAUCUCAGCAGAAUACCACUCUGGCAGCUGCGCAGCUUGCGGGUUUAAAUGUUCUGGCUCUAUUUCAUGAGCCUAGUGCCGCAGCGUUGGCAAGUAACCUGCCUCCCGUUUUAGAACUGCGCCAUGUUCUGGUGUAUGAUUUAGGAGGAGGUACUUUUGAUCUUGCUUUGGUAGAGACAAAGAAUGCUUUAUAUGAUGUUAUUGGAAGUGAUGGUGACCCCUUUUUAGGAGGUAGUGAUUUUGACUAUGAGAUGUGUAAGAUUAUACAGGACCGGCUGGUACAACAUGGAAUUGAUAUCAAUAUGUGGAAUCGACAGAAGAUUUCUCGGCUCCAGGAUCUUUCAGAAAAGGCAAAGAUUGAGUUAUCUACAAUGAAGUCAACUUAUAUUGAUAUCUCUUUAAUUGAUUCUUCUAUUGAAUGCGACUUUGAUAUCUAUCGAGAUGAGUUUGAGAAGGCUAUUUUCCCGUAUAUCCAGAGAACGUUGGAUAUUUGCCAUCGAUUACUACAGUACACACAUGUUGUAUUGACUCCUAAUGAUGCUAUUCUCCUUGUAGGAGGAUCUUCCUACAUUCCGUUAGUGAGAGCUUCCUUGGAGAAGGCAUUCCCUAAUACUCCUAUUCUUAACAACGUGAAUCCUGCAGAGAUCGUGGCUCAUGGUGCUGCAUGGUACUGUCUUGAUAUGUAUUGCAGCAAGCACGACCCUCCUCUUCAGAAUCCUCUCCCCUGCCCUGUCAUCCAUCCCAUUGUGGUCCACUCGGUGUAUGUUCAGUUUGGUAAUAAUCCACCUGUUCUUGUCCUCCCUUCUGGAGUUCGCUGCCAGACUGUGGAGCGAAAAACCUAUGCGUUUUCUUGGAAUGGAGUGAGAGUGAAGAUCCUGACUGAUGGAGACGAUCACCAGGCUGGAAAUCUGCGCGAGUUGGAUACGUUUAAUAUUCGAGGCUUCUUUGGUCAGGCUGUUAUUGAGAUGCAAAUGAAUGCCAAGGGUGAACUUGAGUUCUCUUAUGGAAGACAGGGGCAUCGACUAGAGACUCGAAUUGUGGGAUUCCAGCAUAGCAUCUCUAUGACCCAGCUCAACCAGUUUACCCAACGAUACAACCUGAUCAAAAAGUGUAAGAAUGACAUCACAGCCAUCUUUACACAGAAGCAGCAGCAAGGAAGAGUGACAGCUCAGGCUCGUAAUCAGUACAACCUUAUUAUGGACUGGUUCAAUAAUCCUAAAGUUAUUCAACGCGCCAGUGAUGAUACUAUCAACAGAGUAUAUAGGGAAAAUUAUUAUGAUUAUUUUGCUCGUUUAUAAAUGUAUUCA